AUGUCAGCGGGAGAGACGCUUGCACAAGGCAUCACGGUCAUCACCACCCCACACCGGUCACCCAUAAGAUGGCUGGCUUGGGAUUCUACGGGGUACUAUCUAGUGUCAGUUGAUACCUACGGACAAGUGUGUCUGUGGGGUAUGCGCGACUUUAAUGCCAACGACUGGGAUUGUCUGUAUCAAAGUGACAAGAAGGACAACCAGGAAGUACUGGGCCUGCAGUGGUGGACCAGUGGGGUGCGCUCAGUAGUUCGCUCUACUGGGGCUGACAGCAGCGGCAAGGCACUCAAGGGGACACCGUCCAACGCAAACACGCUGGCGGGUAUCCCGGCCUUCUCAACCAGUUAUCCAUCGUCAGCUCCCAAUGGCCCACAGGUACCACUCGGCAAGCUGGCGUUUUCAGUUGUGACAUCUUCAGGUGACAUGAGAGUUUUCUACCGGGAAAGUAGGUCCCGGGCCAUAUCUGUGAGCACUUACAGACUCGCCCCCGUUACCAGCCCAAGGCUUACGGCCGUGGCUAUCGGCUUCUACGAACACGGAGAGGUGCUUGUCGCCACCACGCACACAUCACGAGCUGUACCGAGCGCACACGUGACCGUAUACCAUGUGCAGAUUGGCUUCACCGCCAGCGAUGAUUUUCCCGCCAAAAGUGGGGUGUCGUUCAACGCGCGGGCGUCGCACCAGUGGGAUUUAUACGACGGUCUUAAAUUGGAGAAGGACGAUGAAGCACAACCGUCCAAUCCAGAAACCCGCCAACGAGCCCGCUCUAAAAAUAGAAAUAUACCUACCAACUGCGUGCUAAGUUUCUCGCCCACCAAACGUGAGCUGUACUGUGCGCUGGUAGUACAGGGGAUAGCCAAUCAGAACACAUCCGGCGAAGUCGACCAGCCGAAGACCAACGGUCAUGAUACCAGCAAUGGUAUAGGUGGCGUACUGGACACAAGUAUUCUGGCUAAAGACACCAUCGGGGAUGCACUCUUGCCCUCAGACACUAUGCAUACAGAUACAUACACGGAUAUACCCACACUAACACACGCACACGUACACGAACACAUCCCACCUAGUUUCAGCAGGCAAACGUCUAAGAACACACUAAAGCACACCAACACGUCACCACUGCUGUCUCUGGAAACCGCCAAAAUCAACGCACGCGCGUAUCUGCUGAGCUGGCAGCUAAGGCCCGUGACCCUUUCGGCAAAUCCAAAUUCGGUUUUUGGGACAAACAAUCCCAAAUUCCUGCAAAAUCAGAAACACUGGAAGAUUUCGGCACAGACGUCUUGGGAUAUCGGCAACUCCAUCGAAGGUGCGUGUGGGGGCGGUCGUCCUGAGACUAUGGAGUAUUAG